UUGCAGGUGGAAGAUGCUCUCUCCUAUUUGGAUCAGGUGAAAACUCAGUUUGCUGACCAGCCAAAUGUUUACACUCAGUUUCUCGACAUCAUGAAAGAUUUCAAGUCUCAAGCCAUCGACACACCCGGCGUAAUCACACGAGUAAGUCGCUUAUUUCAUGGGAGAUCCGCUCUGAUAAUGGGAUUCAACACUUUCCUGCCGCCAGGAUUUGAAGUGCAAGUAGUGGGAUCGAAGAUUACAAUCACAGAGCCUAGCGGUAACAAACAGGUUAUUUUCAACAAUCCGGAAGCUGAGCGAGUGACUGAAGAAAAGCCACCCGUAGUUGAGACCCUUUCACCGUGCCAACAGCCUUCAACUAUAGAAUGUCAGCAUAAUGUCGAAAGUGCUCAAGGCACUCCGACACCUGCAGCACUUGCCCCCUCGCCAAGUGUGGCUCGCACUCCACAAAGGGAAAAAGCCGUUUUGGAUGCCGUGACAGCUCUAUUUGGCGAAGAACCAGAUUUACUAGAAGAGUUUCGUCAUUUUUUACCAGGAGUCCAUGGUUUCCGAGGUCCUUCGGAUCCCCUUUUCGACUAUGAAUCGAAAGAGACUGAAGCCACUAUUUCGUCAGAUUCUGAAGCAAAGAUGGAUCUCUCAGAUUCAGAGCCAGAGUUGGAAACUAUGCCCAAGCGAAAGCGGCGAUCAAGGAUUUCAUCUAGUCCGUCCAAGUCGAAAUCACAUUUUGAUUCUGUGUGGAAGAGAGAACUCGACGUUAAAGAUAUCGCUCUCUGUGCAACUGUCGAAGAUAUCAUAUAUUUUGACAAUAUCCGUCGCUUUUUGGACGAGCAAAAAUACCAAACAUUCCUGCGCGCUCUCAAUCUUUACAGUGCAAAUAUAAUAUCGGCCAUCGAGCUAUUAACUAUGCUGGAAGCUCUUUUUGGGAACCAGAAGCACUUACUGGAAGGUCUCCGGAAAAUUCUCGGAGUGGAAAGUGAAUCCAGCUGUGCAUCAGCGUCUGCUGCUCCUAUAGAGCAACGUUUUCCCAGUGAUCUGGCUCAUCAAAUUGACUACUCGAGUUGUAAACAACUUGGGGUUAGUUAUAGGAGUCUUCCCGAUAGCUUCAAAAGGCCUGUAUGUUCAGGCAGAACACAGCUGUGCCAUGAGGUAUUAAAUGACACCUGGGUAUCAUUCCCAUCAUGGUCUUCUGAAGACACUACCCACGUUUCUUCCAAAAAGACACAAUACGAGGAAUUCAUUUAUCGAACCGAAGACGAACGUUUUGAGUUGGAUAUCAUAAUCGAUGUGAACAAAUACGCUAUCGAGUCGUUGGAACUUGUGCGAAGGCGCAUGGAGAGAAUGACAUCGGCAGAAUUGGACAAAUUCCGGUGA